GACGAAGAACUCAACUUCUUUACACUUGGACCUGCGCCACCAAAUGAUUUCGGUAACGAAAAAAUUAGACUGUUUAGUGAUUAGACUAGUUGCUAAAACUGUCGUCGUUAUUAGGGUUUACUAGUGCAAGACAGCAGCAGCCUUAAUUCACUGUAAAGUGUGAACUCGUAAUGUCCAAGCUCAUCCAUUUUCAUCAAGGUUAGGCCAGUUCCCCACUUACCGAGCGAGCCAAACAAACCCUAUCACAUUCGAGGCUCUGACGUUUGACUACGGUGUUCGCCUUUAAGAUCCCAACUUGCGGGCCGUGGGACUGGACAUGCCAAAGCAGCAAAGCUGUUGGCAGUUGGCUGGCCACCUUCUCUGUCUGGUCCAACCGGUGGGGGCCUGCCAAGUGUUUGACGAAAUGUCUGAGUCAAAUGCCAGCUGCUUAUUGUGUUGGACUCGGCAAAGCAUUAUGCUCAGAGUGAUGACCAUGGGCGCCUGCCUUGGGUUGGCCAUGGCAACGGUUUUUGCAAUGCUUCUACAGUCUGCUGCCCAGAAAUGUUGGACUGAUGGCUACUGACUUCAUUUGGUUGCAUGAGAAUUGAGAUUCAGUUGAAGCACUCAAAGGUAUAGCCUGCAAGCUUAACAAAGCAGAUUGGGAUUUUAGUGUGGAUCCAUGCAGCGGAUUAGGAAAUUGGGUCAAUGUCACUGGUUUGCUUAGCAGUAAUGUGACAUGUGAUUGUUCAUUCAACAACCACACCGAGUGCCAUGUUAUCAGCUUGGAGCUUAUGCGGCAGAACCUUAGUGGAGUUCUACCAGAUGAAGUUGUCAAUCUUACUUAUCUGCAAAAUCUUUUGCAUUUCUUGCAGUGACUUGUCACGCAACUCCAUCCAAGGACCAAUUCCAGCAUCAUGGGCUGACCUACCUGUUUUUAAUCUGUACGCCUUGCACUGCUCCCAUAGUUUUGUCAAAAGUAUGCUUUAUUCAGCAUUCUUGUGUGACUACAGGUCUCUCCAGGGAAAUCGUAUAUUUGGAACCCUGCCGAAGGAGCUUGGACGCAUGCCCAAGUUGAAAUCUAUACAGCUAGAAGGCAAUCAGCUUGCAGGUUCUAUUCCACCAGAGCUGGGUAACAUCAUCAGUCUGCAGAGAUUUUUCAUUUCUGCGAAUAACAUCACAGGAGAGUUGCCCUCAACCUUUUCUAGGCUGACAAACAUGACAGAUUUUCGUGUUGAUGGAAACAGUAUCUCAGGGAAAAUACCUAGUUUCAUAAAGAACUGGCAGAGCGUCAACAGAAUCGAUAUGCAGGGUACCUUGAUGAGUGGGCCUAUUCCUCCAGAAAUUUCCUUGUUGAAGAACUUGACAGAACUGAGGGUGACUGAUUUGAGUGGACCAAGAAUGAAAUUUCCUCCCUUACAAAAUGCACUACACCUUACGGAAGUGGUCUUAAGAAAUUGCUCCAUAUAUGGUGAAAUUCCUUCUUACCUUGGUCAAAUGCAGUACCUGAAAGUAUUGGAUUUAAGCUUCAACAAGUUGACUGAUAAAGUUCCAGAAAAUUUUGGAGCAAUGAUAGCACUACAAUAUUUGUACCUGACUGACAAUAUGCUGACUGGAGAUUUGCCUGCUUGGAUGUUGAAAAACAAGGCGAGCAAUAAAGUAAACAUGGAUAUAUCGUAUAAUGACUUCACGGGCAACCCUCCAUCUGAAUGUCAGCAAGCAAACGUAAAUAUGGUGUCAAGCUUUUCAUCUUCAAAUAACAAUUCAUUGCAACCAUGUUUAAGAAAGAAUCUUCCUUGCACAACCAGACCACGCCAUUCCUCCUUAUUCAUAAACUGUGGCGGAAAGAGUGUUGUGGUCGAUGGGAAUACUUAUGAGGAUGACUCGUCUCAAAUAGGAACAUCAAUGUAUUCUGUAUCUGAUGAUAAGAAAUGGGCAUAUAGUAGCACUGGUGAUUUUGUUGGCAAUGAGAAUGCUGACUACAUUGCUAGAAACACAUCAAAGCUAAAUCUGGCUUACCCAGAGCUUUACACUGAAGCUCGCCUCUCACCUCUGUCACUGAAAUACUAUGGCCUUUGCAUGGAGAAUGGUGAAUAUACGGUAAAACUUCACUUUGCAGAAAUUGUGUUCACAGAAGAUCGUACUUAUUCCAGCAAUGGCAAACGUGUUUUCGAUGUCUUCAUCCAGGGGGUCAAAGUUUUGGAGGAUUUUGACAUCAAAGAUGAGUCUGGCGGUGUCCAUCGUGCGACCAUAAAAUUUUUUGCAACCAACAUUAGCGAAAAUACACUAGAAAUCCACUUCUACUGGGGAGGCAAAGGCACCACAGCGAUACCUUACCGUGGCGUGUAUGGUCCACUGAUCUCAGCCAUAUCAGUGACAAAGAUGGGCAGGAACCACCAUGGACUCUCUACUGGAGUGGCGGUUGCCAUAGUAAUAGUUGCGACAUGCUUGGCUGUUAUAGUUCUAAUAUCUUUAUAUUUCAAAGUCUUCCGAAAGAAGAAUAUAAAAGGAAAUGGUAGACAGUUCUUUUACCAAGGAAGGAAAACUGCUACUUCAGAGCUUCAAACACGGGCACAGUAUUUCUUUAGUUUGAAAGAGAUCGAAUCUGCAACAAAACAUUUUGAUCCUGCAAAUAAAAUAGGUGAGGGUGGCUUUGGACCUGUUUACAAGGGCACACUAGCAAAUGGUACUAUAGUUGCAGUUAAAAAGCUAUCUUCAAAGUCGAGCCAAGGAAAUCGCGAGUUUUUAAAUGAGAUAGGAAUAAUAUCUGCUCUAAGGCAUCCGAAUCUUGUGAGGCUAUUUGGUUGCUGUAUUGAUGGGGAUCAGCUUCUUCUUAUAUAUGAAUUCUUGGAAAAUAAUAGUCUUGGCCGUGCGCUUUUUGGCCGCACAGAACAUCAGUUAAAAUUGGAUUGGCCAACAAGGUACAAUAUCUGCCUUGGAACUGCAAAAGGCCUGGUCUAUCUGCAUGAAGAGUCUGCACUAAAAAUCGUCCACAGAGAUAUUAAGCCAUCAAAUAUUCUUCUUGAUGGAAAGAUGCGACCUAAAAUAUCAGAUUUUGGCUUGGCUAAACUGAAUGAUGACUGUGGACGUGUGAGCACUCGGAUCGCUGGAACUGUUGGUUAUAUGGCCCCUGAAUAUGCCACAAGAGGUUGCUUAACACGUAAAGCGGACAUCUAUAGUUAUGGAGUGGUGGCUCUUGAGGUUGUUAGUGGAAUGAGCAAUACGAAUAGCAUGUCAAAUGAAGAAUAUCUGCAUCUUCUUGAUUGGGCUGAAAGAUUGAAGCAGCAAGGGAAGCUGCUGGAAAUGGUGGACCGGCGUCUCGGUUCUGACUACUCCCAAGAACAGGCACUGAGGCUGCUGGAUGUAGCUCUCCUCUGUACAAGCAUACAACCAACCCAGCGGCCAAGAAUGUCUUCAGUGGUGAAGAUGCUUUGUGGUGAGAUCCCCGUCGAGAUUGUACCUGCUGACGAUGAUCUAAGUGAAGAUCUACGACUCAACAUCGCUCAAUCCCGGCAAUCAAUAGAUAACAGCCAAACAAAUUGGUCCCAGUACUCAGUAAAUAACAGCCAAACAAAUUGGUCUGAAACGCUUUCAAGCGAUCGUUCGGUCUUGCCCCACAGCAGCAAGGACAGUGGCUACCUCCCAUCUUCGAGCUCCCUUUCUGUCAAGCUGUGAACUUCAGCAUCGAGAAUAGCUAGCCAGGUGUCGGCUUUUUUUUGGGGCCCGUUGCUGCAGUUGUACAUAGGCAAAUGUUGGGUUUCAUGCUUGCAAUGCAAGUAUUUGAUGUCUCAUCUCGAUUGUCAAGUGUCAUUCAAGAAUAUCGUCCACGACACAUGGCAAUUGAUCACAGUACUGUCUCAACGUCAGCCAUAUUUCGGCUAGCUCCUUAGUUUGUUGCUUUGGAUGUAGAAAGUUAUAAUGACUUAUAAUUUGGAACAGAUGGAGAUGUAGUAUAUCAUUAGGACAGUGCACUUGAGAAAUGUAGGCCAGAAAUAUUGUUUCAUAUAUGCAGAUCUUGGAGACAGUGCAAUACUUUAUUUCGGUCUUCUUUCUA